GGCUUCCUCAGCUGGCCUCGGUGCCUCCAGAUGCUUUCAUUUUCUCAGUAGCUCAAGGAACAGAACUAAGAGAAGUCAGAACAAAACAGCUUGACACAAAGAAAAGCAGAAGUGAGGGCUCAGAGACUGACGGUCCCCAACGGGACUGACUGAACCGUGGAGGGCCCAACCGUGGCCUGGCGGCCAGUGACCGGGGUGUGGAAGAAAUGGCCCGACUAGCCUCAGCUGUGUGGCUACCCACACUGCUGUGGCUGCUGCUUUUCAGGCUUCCAGGCUGUGUCCCUCUUCGUGGCCCCAGCUCUGUGAUAGGCACUGUGGGAGAAUCCCUGAGUGUGGAGUGUCAUUAUGAGGAGAGAUACAAGGCUCAUAACAAAUACUGGUGCAGAGUGUCACUGCUGCUCUGCAAAGGUAUUGUCAAGACGGGAGCCUCAAAUGAAGCUAGGAAAGGCCGAGUGUCCAUCAGGGACCAUCCAGCCACGCUCACCUUCACAGUGACCUUGGAGAACCUCACCCUGGAAGAUGCAGGCACCUACAUGUGUAGUGUGGAUAUACCGUUUACCAAUGGCUCCUGGUGGGAGAUCACUCCCUCCUUGGGGAUUGAUUCUUCCUUCAAGGUGGUGGUGUCUGUGGUCCCAAGUAAGCACCCAGGAUCAACACCGCGGACUCCUGCAAUGACCACCAGCCUAUCCACCAGCCUGACCACCAGCCUGGCCACCAGCCUGGCCACCAGCCUGGCCACCAAAGGUCCCACCCAAGGAUCCACCAUGAAGGAGCAUCCUGAACCACAGGGCUUGAGCCUCCCGGUGCUGCUGUCUGUGUUAGCUCUGCUGCUGCUCCUCUUGGUGGGGACCUCUCUACUAGCCUGGAGGAUGUUCCAGAAGCGUCAGGUCAAAGCUGAUAACUAUCCAGAGCUGUCCCAGAACCUCAGGCGCAUAAGGGAGCUGCAUCAGGAGGCUGCUGACCAGAACGAGUCGCAGUAUGUGAACCUGCAGCUGCACACAUAUCCCCUGAGGGAAGAGCCGGCGCUGCCGAGUCAGGUGGAGCUAGAAUACAGCUUGGUGGCAUUACCCAAGGAAGAGCUCCACUAUGCAUCAGUGGCAUUUGACUCACAGAGGCAAGGUUCUCGUGACAAUGGGAAUUCCUCUUGCCUGACCCGGGACCAGGAAGCAGAAUACAGCCAGGUCCGGAAGCCCAGGAAAGGCCUCUCUGACCCUUACCUGUGACUCUCUGUCACCUGAUCCCCUCAAUGGUGACCAUCAGGUCACUGAGCUCCCGGCAGGCUGCUGCCUUCAAAGUCAUAGGCCUAGCUGGCUUCACUCAAGAUGGGCAGGAACCAAGGCUCUGUGGGGACAGAGGCAUGUCCCACCGACUGUUCUGCCUCUGGGUAUGGAAGAUGUAGCCGCUGCAUCCCUUGGGGCUUUGAGAAGUGACAUGGUUCAUACAGAAUGACAUCGGUGUUAGCUUUGUAGCGUCCACCCCAGCAGGAACAUCGGUGAUCUCUGUGGGAUGUGGAGAACCAGCAAGGGACCAUGACAAUAGGAAUUUGGAGUCCUGGAGGCUAAAAGCACCAUCUCCCCCAUCUCAAAGACAACUGAAGCCAAGCUCUGAGGAGAGGAGCCUAGCACAUGGCUCCAAGGUCAGGGGCAAGCUCCUCUGGACUCUUAGGUAAAAGACGAAAUAAAGUUUAAAAUAUCUUCUUAAGGGGAGGAGAAGAAAAUUGCUUAAAUGAUGUCUGCUGUCUGCCCGUAGCCCCAUAUUAAAGCACAGCUUUGAAAUCAGA